GAGCCAGCUAAAAGCCCAGGUGUGUCUCCCCACCAGUGAUCCGUUUUUUGGAGGUCUACAACCGCAGCGCCUGCCAGCCCAGGGAGACGAUGGUGUCGGUCACGGCGGACCAUCCGUCGUUGAGAAACCACAUCAUGAUCCCAUCCUGCGUGGCCCUCAGGCGCUGUACCGGCUGCUGUUCCGACGACUCCUUGGAUUGCGUGCCCAGCCGUUCCCGGGAAGCCAUCUUGGAGGUGAUGGCUAGCCUCUUUCCAAACAGAUAUAUAACCCAGUUGACUUUUGAAGAGCACCUGGAAUGCAGCUGCAGAUCGAGAACGAUGCUUUUCAGAUCUAAUUCAAUUAGUCGGUCCUGUGCACCUUGUCGGGACAGGAAAAAGCAGCCAGAUCCACAGACGUGCAAAUGUGUGUGUCGCCACCAAUCCGGACAUUGUGAGAGGCGUGGGAUGAAAUUCAGUGAGAGUACAUGCAGAUGUGCGAAGCACCGGAGAAGAGUAAAACCAGCAAUCCAGGCUAGAACUAGGCGAGAACCGAGCCCAAUGGAGCAUUGACUAUCAUCGGCCAGUGAAGACCGUUCUCUGCCGGGCGUGAAUCUUCACGUGCUCAGAGGCAACCCACUGUUUUGGCUGGGGUGGGCGGGGCGGGGGGGAGAAAAGUGGGUACAGGUUUAACUUCAGGACGUGUUGGCCCAAUUGCACAUCAGAAUUUCCUACUUGCUACUUUAUUCAGUGGCCUUUUCGUCACGGUGCUUGAGGGAGUCGUUAAGUGGAUCACAAGGUCGUUAAACGAAUCCGGCUCCCCGCCCCCUGGUUGACUUCGCUUGUUGGGGAGGUCGCAAAAUGGCCACCAGCUGUACCCCAGGAUGCUUACAACCAUUGUAAAUAUACGCCGGUUAUCAAGCCUUUGAAUUUUGAUCACGUGACCAUGGGGAUAUUGUGACGGUCAUAAUGCGAGGACCGGUGACCCUAAGUCAUUUUUUUUUCCCCAGUGCCGUUGUAACUCUGAAUGGUUAGUGAAUGAAUGGUUGUCAGGUCGAAGACUUCACAUGUAUAAGCCCAUGCCUUCUUGGACAAACCAUGGCUUGAUGCCCUACGUCAAUUCAGUGUGUGUCAUUAUUUGUGGCUUUUCAUUGUAUGAUUCUUAUACAACG